AUUACUCGCAGUACGGCCACGUUGUUGGUGCGUGCGCGGCAGAUUUGCCUGCUGUCAAUGAUGGACUGACGACACCAGGCAUGAUUGGAACCAUGGAUGUGGAUUGCACAGUUCGUCAAGGAGUGCUUUUUACUUGCAGCACUGUUGUAGGUGGUGCUCUUGGCAUCGUGAUUUCCAUGGUGGUAAAUUUGGCCCUUAUCGAGAUCUCGAUUUCGCCAUUCUUCUCGAUGUACUUUGGCGUGCUCUUCAUUGUGGUGGGUUGUCUAAUACUUUGGAGAGUCCUUUCACACGAGUCCGCCGAUCCGUUGCAGAUGAAACGAUUGCAUCUCAGCAUCUUUGCCGGCACCAUCAUCCUAAGUGGUGCGCUAUGCUUUCUCUUGGAUCGAAAGAUUUUCGUCGGGCUUGCUCCAUGGAUGAAGGUGCCAUUGUACAUGACGCUGGGAUUGGCAGUGGCAUUUGCUCUGACAUUCUCAAUUGUGGAUGUGCUCAAUUACGUCAUUGGGUUCUUCCAGAACUCUGUAGCAAAGCCUGUGGUUGAGAGCUCUCAGCAGGUUUUCUUGGUCCUCAUCGUAUCCUUAGCAAUGGGUGUUGUGUUUGGUUUCACCUUUGGCUUGCUGGAUGUUGAAGAUGAGGAGGUGUACCAUAUGCGGGUUGCGCUCAUGAGGGAAGAACACUACUGCUAUCCAAUGGGGAUCUUGCUUGGUGCCGUGUCUGGUUUUGGAAACGAGUACUACCGUCAAAAGGAUGACUAUGCGGGCUAUCAGGGGCUUGCUCAAACGGAGUUCGACGAAGACAUUUAGCAACAUCUGUAAAGGCGUUUCAGGCCCUUCACAGCUUUGCAGCUUGCUGGCUCGGACUUUUAUGGCAUGGGACACUGUGCCGUGUCACAUGGUGUCACUGCCGUGUCACAUGUACAGCUGGGGAGGUUGGCGCGAAAAAAAACUGUGGCACCAGCACAACACACCAGACUGCGCUUGGAAAGUGUGCAUCGAUCCCUACUCGAAGCAAACUCGAACAAACAAGUAAUA